CUGCGCUGCACGUCAAUUUUGCCUGCACAAGCAAACACUGGUGAUUUUUCAGAAAAUUUUCGCAAUUCCGCGACCAAUAAUUCAAUAAAUAAAACAAUAAACGCAUACGUCACGAUUUUUUUGACAUUCUUGACAAGUCUGAGCUUCAGACAUGUCACCAGUCAACAGAUUCGAUCGAGAAUGGCUGGACUGGGCAGACGAUCCUGUUGGAGUGACUGAAAACGCUAUCUUCCCAGAUCACAUCAACAAAGAGAAUUACCAGCCACGAACCCUGGUGGACCAGACCCUGGAGAUAGUGGACCCAAUCCCAAACAUCCAUACCCUCUUCGUCCAGUUCAACACCAAAUUCUUCAACAACGUCCUGCUCCCAGUCGAAGUAAAAUGGAGUCCUCGAAUGACCUCGUGUGCAGGUGUCUGCACCUUCAGAUCACGCAACCGCCAGUGUGUAAUCUCCCUGAGUGCUCCACUCCUGAAGCUCAGACCUAGGAAGGACCUCGUGGAGACCCUCCUCCACGAGAUGAUUCACGCCUACCUAUUCCUCACAAACAACAAUCGCGACAGGGACGGCCACGGCCCUGAGUUCUGCAAGCACAUGAACAGGAUCAACGCAGAGGCUGGCACGAGCAUAACGAUCUACCACGAUUUCCACGAGGAGGUAAAGCUGUACCAGCAGCACUGGUGGAAGUGCAAUGGCCCCUGCAGCAACAGAGGGCCCUAUUUUGGUACAGUGAGACGAGCUAUGAAUCGAGCCCCGGGGCCCUCAGACAGUUGGUACGAGCAGCAUCGUCGCACGUGUGGUGGAACCUUCAUCAAGAUUCGAGAGCCCGAGAAGAGCGUCUCGAAGGAUUCAAAGCAAACGAAGAAGACUGAUAACAAUAGAACAUUGGAUGACUGGUUCAGCCCUCCUAGGGAGCAGAAGCCAAAUAUUCCCCGGGGUUUCGUCAAACUGGGGAAUACCACCAACAAUGUUCAUGGGUUUGGAACUGGAGGACCAAGUUCAUCCAGCAGAAAUACUGGCAAUUCACCAUCCUCGGGGUCGUCUAGACUAGGGAAUAGUGCAAAUAAUGUUCGUGGAUGGGGGACUAGUGGCCCUGGGGGUUCGUCAUUCAACGUGAGUCCCAAAAUUCCUUCUCAGCCGAGGUACAAAGUCUCGGGGGUUGUUGGAGGGGGAGGGAAUACUGGAAAGAGCUGUCUUUUGGACAGAUUCCUCACGCCAUCUAAGAUCAAGAGUGACGUGAUCGACCUGGGCACACCAGAGCCCAAGAGACCCAGGGUUGAGGGAAGGAAUCUUCAGCAAUGCCCAGUCUGUCAGAAUCAUUUCCCUGAGGAAUCCAUGAAUGCUCAUCUGGACGAGUGUCUGGAGAGUGGGAAUGCAGCUGUUGGGGUCGAUCAACCUCAGGAUGUUGUGGGGAAUAAUGGAGGUAAGGUUGAGUGUCCCAUCUGCUUCGCUGUUGUUCCUGUUGUGGGGCUGGAAGAACACGUGGAUGCAUGCAUCUCAGGGCAAUCGACAGAGGGAAAGGGUGCGGAUAGAUUCAGGACUGUUGAAAAUGCAAAUUCAUUGGGAUUCGCUGCAGUCGACUCGCCGCCUCGAACGACUAAGCAAGAUCACAAAUGCCUCAUCUGUGGGGUUUUGAUCCCCCCGCAGAUGUCAUUAGAGGCACACCUGGAUAAUUGUGUGAAAAUUCGUUAUGGUGAUGAUAGCGAUGAUGAUUCCCUUCUCGUCACACCUAAGACACCCAGAGCGGAAGAGUACCCCUGCCCUGUAUGCAUGGAGAUGUAUCCUGAAGACGUCAUGAACGAUCACCUAAAUCUCUGCAUUUAGAAAAUAUCUAGUUCAUUUCUAGUGAGUCAUAUUUUUCUUGUAAUUAUUAUUUAGCAUGAACUCUUGGCGGUUUAAGGAAUUGAGAUUAUUUUUGUCUGGGACUUUUAUUGAAAAAGGAGUUCAUAGUAUUUAUUUUUUUAAUUUUCUUCGCGCACCCACUUUUAUAAAUAACAUUACAAUUUGAUAGAUAAAUUUGUUAGAGUUUCUCGUAUAAUCCAGAGUCGUCGAAACUGCUAGCAGUACAAACACCACAUGUGAAUUCUUGGAUGUAGUUUGGGAAAAAGAGGAGGAUUUGGUCCUGAGUGUAGUGAACGAACGUUAGGAUGUUGCUUAUGAAUACGUGAACCGACUGUUUGUCCAUUCUGAAUCUGGAAGAUUGAAAAAUUAUUGUUAUAGUGUCUUUUUUACGUUUUAUUAAAGAAGCAUGUGUUCAUAUAAA